UUUCGCAGCGCUUCACACACUCCGGACGAGCCUAAACUGCGGCUCUGAACGCGCUGCGGCGACGUUGAAAUCUGCGGAAAUACCCGAGCGGGCCGCUGCACGGCGGAGUUUUCACACAGUCGCCGUCUCAUGUGUGGUUUACUCGUCGGUGCGGGGGGAGAAAGUUGUGGACAUGUUUUCCUGGAAGUGUACAGUUUUACGGAUACACUGUGCAACAUUGUGACUGCGGCGUUAAUGAGCCGCUCCGCCGCGCCCGGACUUUGGAGCGUCUUUUUCGUGGGAUUGUGAACUCGCCUGUGCGCCAUAUUGUGCGCCGUGAAACUCGAGGGAAAGUUGUCAGAGUUAUGACAUUUGCUGCGCACGAUCCCCUUCACGGAGCUGCAUGCAGUCGACUUUGAUCGAGACCAAAGUGGCUCCAUGGAGCUGGCCAUGGAGAGCUGCGCGCACCAUUGAUAAGGUCUCCACAGAGGAUGAGAAGAAUGGACUGCAAACCUCAGAUUUGAUUCUUGAAGGAGGGCUGCAUGUUCCCCACCCUGCACUUUCCUCUGGGAUUUAUGUUUCCUCCCAUAUAUCUCUGAACACACAAUUAAAGAAUUUCUCGACCACAGGCGGUGAAAGUACACUACAGCGGCUCAGAGAUCAACAGUGAGAGCUCUGACUCCCAACGUUUCCACAGCGUUUCUGAUAUUACUAUGAGUCUCCCGCCUCAAGUUAAUCCUGACAAGAGUGGCAAGCACCGUGCUGCAGCCAUGAAAGAGAGUGUGCAGCAUUCAGGAGAGGUUUAUUAUGGUAUGGGACCUCCGGCUUUAGAGUCAAGCCACAGUGACUCCGCCAGCAGCUCUGGUGUUUAUAACCCAGAAAAAGGGCCCCAAAGCCUACCACACUAUCAACAGGCUGCUCCAGUAAAAUGGAUGCAACAGGACUCCAUUCAGGCCCCCAGCUGGUCCCAGGAAGCUCCGGUGCCAGCCUGGGGGCAGAACUUCGGCCCCUACAUGAGUGGAGUGAACGUUAGAGGUCAGAUGGCGUUCCACAAAGGGGUCCACGAAGGCGUGGCUUUGCCGAUGGGAGGGGAGAACCAGCUGCCUGCACCCGUGGAGGUUUACAGAGAUGCCACCCAGCCUCCAGCUCAGGGGAGGGCACUAGACUGGGAGCAGCACGCCGCCGCCGCAAUGCACCAGGCUCAGCUGCAGGCCUACCAACACGGCCACAAAGGCGUGGAGCUGCAGGGACAGCCGCAUGUGCCGUCGCACUCUCUGCAGGGCUCCAUGCUGCAGCCCUUCCAGGCGACGUUCAGACCCAGCAAGCAGCAGUUCUCAUCCGGGUAUUACUCUGUUUUUCCAGGUAACAAGGCGAUGCCCAACAUGUCGUAUGGCGAGCAGCCCAAGACUCAGCAGCAGCUUCUCCACCAGAUGCAGCAGCAACAAAUGCAUCAUCAUCACCAGCAGCAGCAGCAGCAACAACAGUUGCAUCAGCAGCAUCAACUUCAGCUGCAGCAGCAGCAGCAGCAGCAGCAGCAACAUCUGCAGCACCACCAAAUCCAACAGCAGCAAAUGCAACAGCUGCAGCAAAUGCAGCAACAGUAUCACCAGCAACAGCUACAGGAGCGACAGCAACAAAUGCAGCAAAUGCAGCAGUUGCAGCAACAAAAUGUGCCGCAGCAAGAAACCACACAACCACAGGUGCAGCCAAAACAGCAACAGACCCAAAACUUUGGCGCUUUUCAGGCUCCUGAGCCUCGUCCUCCUGACACUGGGGCAAAAAAAGAAGAUGCCCAGUCAGCGGAGCCACAGCAGGAACUGGAGGGUCAAACCCUUGAUGCGUCAGAUGCAACGGAUUCAUGCCCUGAAAAGGCCGCUUCAGAGGCCGGAGACGCAGCACCCGCCGCCCCUCGACGCUCACGUCGCCUUUCCAGAGACGGACAGUCCCCACUGGGUCCCCCUUCGACAAACAUCUGGUCUCAAGCCUCCAAAGAGCUUCCACCUUCCCAGAACGGAGUGGCAGGUGUGCAGACUGCAAGAGGAGCAGACAGCCAAGUGUCUACAGGAGGGGUCAUCCAGGUCACCCGCAGGAGGAGGAGGGCGUCCAAGGAGAUCAACCUGGAGACUCUUGCCCAGAAGGCGUCGGAAAUGGAGUCCCUUCCUGCUAAAAUAAUCAAGCAGGAAGACGGUCCCUCGGGCAGACAGGCCACCAUGGUGCCUCUGGUCAUCCCGGUGUCUGUGCCGGUGCACCGGAGCCAGAUGGACCCUCAGGGCGGCUGGGCUCAGGGACGCCUCGGCCAGGGCGAGCGGCCUGCAGGACAGUCUGAUCGCAAACCCUCCGUCAUCGUGGCUCGCCGGCGAUCGCUCAGAAACUCCAUGACCGACGGUUUUGGCCAGGAUGGCGAAAGCGACACAGGCCUGGAUGAGGAUGGAAAAGCAAAAUUCAAGCGCCGCCCUCGCCCCGAGCCACUCAUCAUCCCUCCCCCCAAACCCUCCACCUUCAUUCCCCCGUCCGUCUACUCCAGCAUCACCUCCUACCAGAGCAACCUGCGUUCUCCGGUCCGGCUGCCCGACAACCCCCUCACCCUGCCUCCGUACACGCCUCCGCCCAUCCUGUCUCCUGUGCGAGAGGGCUCAGGACUCUACUUCUCCGCCUUCCUGACCAACAUCGCCGUGAGCAACCAAAUCCUGCCACCGCCGGUGACGCCCAAAUCGACGGCACGCAGCCUGUUGCGUUCCACGAGUUCAGAAAUUACGCCUCCUGUCUUGCCUUUGAUCACUGAUGCCACACCUGUUAGCCUUGAACCGCGUAUCAACAUCGGGCUGAAGUACCAGGCAGAAAUACCUGAUUUGCAGGAUCAACCUUCCUCCCAGUUUGACCAGCACAAAGCUGACUUGGUCUGGAUUCCUGUGGAUGAUACCAAGCUCAAGCAUGGCGACCAGGAGAGCAUGGAGGAUUUGAUGAGCAUGGCUUGUUCCAGUGUUUUCAGAGGAGGAGGAACCAAUCAGGAGCUGGCUUUGCACUGUUUACAUGAAUGCGGAGGCGAUUUCCUUGAAACACUGGAACGUUUGAUGCUUCAAGACCCAAUUUACCCCAAAGGUCAUCACCUGGCAGGUUAUCACUACUCAGGCUCUGACAGCUGGACUCCAGAGGAGAAGCGCUACUUCAAUAAGGGAAUCUCAGCCUACAGGAAGGACUUCUUCCUGGUGCAGAAACUGGUGCGGACUAAGACUGUGGCUCAGUGUGUAGAGUACUACUACACCUACAAGAAACAGGUGAAGGUCGGACGCAGCGGCAUCUUAAGCUUCGGACCUCCGGAUUCACCCGCGGAGAAGCACACGGAGGCGGUGGUGGACGUUAAGAGUUCACAGCACUCAAAAUUGACUCAAGGAGAGGCGGAUGGAGAUGAGAAAAGGGAGUCUUCUUAUGACCAUGAUAGCAGCCACCAGGCGAGGGUUGCUCAGUCACUACAGGCUCAUGACUAUGCAGGAACAGUGGUGGUGAUCAAAGAGCCGGACGCCGUCAGUAAGGAGACUCAUCACCCGUCGGCACCUCACAGGCCUCGAGCCGAGGCUGCAGCAAAGAAGAGCCGAGUGCCAACAAAGCCUCCGCAGGAUCCCGAUGCAAUAUUUCCCUGCAAGAAGUGUGGCAGAGUGUUUUAUAAAGUGAAGAGUCGAAGUGCCCACAUGAAGAGUCACGCUGAGCAGGAGAAGAAGGCUGCAGCGCUGCGACAGAAAGAGGAGGAAGAGAGGGCAGCGGCGGCGGCUCGAGCCAGGAAGGCAGCAGCAGCAGCUCAUCAGGGUGGAAGUGGAAACGGAUUGAUGGGACAGGCGGACGUCAGCGGCCAGGAAGACUCGUCUGAAGGGGAGGAUGACGACGAUGAAGACUGGCACUGAGAGACGACAAAACAAGGAGGGAAAUGAACGAGAAGAGGAAGUGAGGGGUAAAUAGAGGUGGCGAACAAAUCAGGGAGGGAGGGAGUUUUUUAUAAAACAAUGUGCUGCACCACGACAAGCACAAGAGAUACGCUUUUCACAUCCUCCUGUUGAUCCUCACACUCCUUUAAUGAUCUAAACUCUUACUCCUUGACCGUUACUCAGCUUUACACCAUCCGCUGGGCAGUCACACUCCACAUUUUCGUAUUUGUAUCUUUUAAAUAUUCAGAGUAAGUUUAUUUUUUGUAAAAGCACUUAUACUAUACUGCUUCUGCUUUUGCCAAUAUUGCCUUUUUAUAUCCUUUAUUUAAUUGAAUAUAUAUCAAAAUAUGCAUUUCUAUCAUGCAGACUUUAUGGUUAUUUGAUAUCUCACAAAAUAAUCAGAAUGUCUCUCCAGCAAUAAAACAAGAUCAAAACAAUCUUCACUUUAUAGUAGCGACCGUUUUAACUAAAGCUAGAGGCGCUUGUAUUUAAAAUCUGUUUCUUAGAAAAAUACUGUGCUGUAUUUUGCAGAUUUUCCAUCAGAUUUUUAGGUUGGUUGUACACUUAUUUUUUACAACGAAGGGACCUUUUGAAAUGAAUGUGUACAAAAAAAAGUAUAUAUGAGAUUGCUAUAUAUUUAUGAUACUGCAUUUUGCAAUGAUUUUGGUAAUAUAAAGAAAAUCUUCAUGUUGGCUGCAAUGUGACUGGUGAGUUGAAAAAAAAUUAUUAAAAAGUUUACUGUU